AUGAGGUCAGUCAGCAUGCAGCUAGAAUGGGUGAUACCAUGGCUCAGCCUUUGCCUUGGCCUAUCAGCAGCCACCAUUGUAGUGAGCCCAUCUCACAACAACCAGUUCUGCAGCACAUGGGGAAACUACCACUUUAAGACAUUUGAUGGGGAUUUGUUCAGGCUUCCAUCCACUUGCAGCUACAUCUUUGCAUCCCAGUGUAAGGCAGAUUACAACAGUUUCAACAUUGAGCUCCAGCGACAGGAGUCAGAUGAGGUUACCACCAUCAAGAAAGUCACAAUGAAACUGGAUGGUGAAGUUGUGGAAUUAGCUAAUGGAUUCAUCAAAAUCAACAAUGAACUUGCUGAAAUACCCUUCAGUCGCGGUGGCAUUUCAGUAGAAAGCAUUGCAUCCUAUGUUAAAGUUCAGGCAAAGCUGGGAUUGGUCUUAAUGUGGAAUCAAGAAGACUCCCUCUGGGUUGAACUGGAUGCAAAAUUCAGAAAUCAAACGUGUGGUCUGUGUGGUGACUUCAAUGAACUGAAUAAUGAGUUCACAAAUUCAGAUACAGGGGCUUCUUACAGUAUUGACGAAUAUGGGUACAAGUGGAAAAUCAGUGGUCUGUAUGACAAUUGUGAGACCACGUCCUCUCAAGCCAAAGAGUCAUGUGAAGUUCCGGAAGACCUCUGCCAGAAACUGCAGACUGAAAGUGCAUUUGACAGUUGUCAAGGCCUGAUUGACACCGAGUCCUUCAUUAAUGCCUGUAAGGAAGAUCUGUGCUCCUGUGACAGCAAUGAUACGUCUUGUGUGUGUGCGACCAUGUCAGAGUACUCCCGUCAGUGUGCUCAUGCAGGCGGGACACCAGGGCAGUGGAAGAACCCAAAUUUCUGUGGAAAAUCAUGCCCCUUCAACCUGGAGUAUAAGGAAUGUGGUAAUCCCUGCAUGGACACUUGCAAAAACCAGGGCACCAACCAAGUGUGUAGUGAACACUGCGUUGAUGGAUGUUUCUGUCCAUUUGGGACGGUCUUGGAUGAUGUCACACAUACUGGGUGUGUCACUGUUGACAACUGCAGCUGCCUGCAUAAUGGAGAAAUAUACCAACCAGGGCAAUCCUACUCCGGGCCAUGCAAGAACUGCACCUGCAUAAAUGGUGAGUGGAUCUGUAAUUUUAAAGACUGUCCUGGUGUUUGUUCCAUCCUGGGUGGCUCUCACAUCACCACCUAUGACGAUAAAACAUAUAUGUUCCACGGAGAAUGUUCUUAUGUUCUGACGAAGGAAAUCAAUGGGACUUUCAGUCUUCAAGGCGACUUGGUUAAAUGUGAAAAAUCUGACAAAUCAACUUGCCUGGCUUCAAUCACACUACUACUGUCAAAUCAUGUGAUGGUUAAAGUUGAAGCCAGUGGGCAGGUCUUUUACAACACACUGCUCUCUCAGCUUCCUCUCUUUUUGGAUGAUAUCACAAUUUUCCACCCAUCUACAUUCUUUCUUGUACUCCAAACCACCUACGGGCUUGAUGUUGAGAUUCAGCUCACACCUGUUAUGCAGGUCCACAUCAAAGCCAGUGUAUCUAAUAAAGGAAAUCUCAUCGGUCUUUGUGGAGAUUUUGAUAACGAUGGAUCCCAGGACUUCAAAACAACCAACGGUAUAAUUGAAAAAACAGCUUGGACAUUUGCCAACACAUGGAAAACCAAGCCAAAUUGCCCUGAUGUGACAAAUAUACUUGGGGACCCCUGCAGUUUGAGUACAGAAAAGGAGAAAUAUGCCAAAUACUGGUGCUCCCAGCUGUCAGACUCAAAAGGUGUUUUUUCACUGUGCCAUCCUGUGAUACGCCCAGAAGCGUAUAAACUUAAUUGUAUUUAUGACACCUGUGCCUGUGAAAAAAGCGAGGAUUGCUUGUGUGCUGCUUUAUCUGCCUAUGUUCAUGCAUGUGCUAUUGAAGGCGUAUUAUUGACUGGAUGGAGGAACAAUACAUGUCAGAAAUACACAAAUGACUGUCCACCUACUUUUGUGUAUGACUACCAAAUGACAAGCUGUGGUCGCACCUGUCGCUCUCUUAGUCAGUCAGAUUUAACAUGUGGGGUUGAUUUUACUGCACUUGAUGGUUGUGGCUGUGCUGAAGGAACUUAUCUAAAUGAGAAGAGUGAGUGUGUGUUGCCCUCACAAUGUUCCUGUUACGCUGGAGACACAGUGGUACAUCCUGGGCAGGUUACUACACUCAGUAAUGGACAGAUUUGCUCCUGCCAUGGUGGACAAUUAAGUUGUUCAGGAAAACAAAUGAUUGAAACAUGCACAAGCCCAAUGGUUUUCCUCAACUGCUCAAAUGCAAAGCCGGGAGAAAAGGGAUCUGAGUGCCAAAAAAGCUGCCAGACAGUGAACAAACAAUGUAUCAGCACACAGUGUAUCUCAGGAUGUGUAUGUCCUGAUGGACUGCUGUCAGAUAAUAAUGGAGGCUGUGUAAAGCAGGAAGACUGCCCCUGCCCAUAUAAUGGAGAAUACUAUAAACAUGGAGAAUCUGUUAAUGUGGACUGCAAUAAAUGCACAUGCAAAAGCAGCAUAUGGGAAUGUACAGAUCAAGACUGUGGUGGAACCUGUACCAUAUAUGGAGCAGGAAAUUAUAUCACUUUUGAUGAAUCAAGAUUUGCCUUUAGUGGGGGCUGUAGCUACAUCUUCACCCAGGAUCACUGUGGAGGUGAGAAUGGCACCUUUCAGGUACUGACUGAGAGCAUCCCCUGCGAAAAUGCUGAAAGCGUCUGCUCCUUUGACAUCAAGCUUCUUUUAGGGAACAGUGAAAUUCGUCUCUCAGAUGAACAUAUCAAAGUUAUCAAACAAACCAAUGGGGAAGAAAUACCCUAUCAAGUCCACACUGUGGGUUUAUAUCUUGUCAUUGAAGCAAAGAAUGGCCUUAUUGUCAUUUGGAAUAAGAGGACAACCCUCAUGGUCAAACUCAGAUCUACAUUCAAGGGAAAAGUCUGUGGUCUGUGUGGAAAUUUUGAUGGGAAUAUCAAGAAUGAUUUCACUACCAAAAAUAAAGAAGUUGUGGUUGAUCCCCUUAUUUUCGGAAACAGCUGGCAAGUGUCACCUAGUUGCCCAAGUGCACAAACUCCAAAAGAUGCAUGUACACUGUACUCACACAGGCAGGCAUGGGCAGUGAAACACUGCAGCAUUAUCAAAAGUACAGUAUUUGCUGCCUGCCAUUCAAAGGUGGAUCCCCAACAAUAUUUUGAUGCCUGUGUGAGAGACACGUGUGCCUGUAAUUCGGGAGGAGAUUGUGAGUGUUUCUGUUCAGCUGUAGCAGCUUAUGCUGCAGCCUGUAAUGAGGCAGAAGUGUGCGUGAAAUGGAGAACUCCCACCAUCUGCCCUGUAUUCUGUGAUUAUUACAACCCUGAUGGAGAGUGUGAAUGGCACUAUAAGCCCUGUGGAAGGUCAUGCAGACGUGAUGAAGACAUGAUAAAGACAUGCAGAAAUCCCUCUGGAAUAUGCUACAAUCAACUUCCAGCAUUAGAAGGCUGCUAUCCAACUUGCCCUCCUGAACGGCCUUAUUUGGAAGAAGUAACCAUGAAAUGUGUGUCAAAAGAUGAAUGUGGCUGUUAUGAUAAUGAUGGGAAUCAUUACAACAAAGGUGACAUAAUCUAUGCAACACAUGAUGGAAAUGGAACCUGUUUCUCUGCUAGUUGUGGCGUAAAUGGAAAUAUUAGUAGAAUAAUGAGUGACUGUACAACUACAACAAAACCUACAACACCGUUUACUUUCACUACCACUGGUAAGACAACAGAGAGUCCAACCACAACAACAUCUGAAAGAACUACUACCAUUGCAACAGAGUCUGUUACCACAAUUUUGACCUUCUCAACACCAAAACCUUCGACAAGAUCUAAAACAACGAACACCACAUACGACAACAACAACAACAACACCUCCCACAACAACAACCACUGGAACACCACCACCCACAACAACAACACCACCACCUCCCACAACAACAACCACACGAACACCACACACAACAACAACUACAGGAUCACUUCCCACAACAACAACAACAGGAACACCUCCAACAACAACCACAACACCACCUCCAACAACAACAACCACAGGGUCACCUCCCACAAAAACAACAACAGGAACACCACACACAACAACAACCACAACACCACCUCCCACAACAACAACAACAACACCUCACACAACAACAACAACACCUCCCACAACAACAACCACGGGAACACCACACACAACAACAACCACAAUAACACCUCCAACAACAACCACAUCACCACCUCCCACAACAACAACCACAGGAACACCACAUCCCACAACAACAAGCACAACACCACCUCCCACAACAACAACCACAGGAACACCACACACAGAACAACAACAACACCUCCCACAACAACCACCGUAAGCACGGAAACAACAUCUACACCUAUCAACUGCUAUGAGUGUACGUGGUCACCCUGGAGUAACAAGAAUUAUCCCAGUAGUGCUUCAGAUGGUGGAGAUAAUGAAUCCAUUACUAGCAUUACUGACCUGGAUCUGAGUGUAUGUAGAAAACCCCUGAAGAUAGACUGCAGAGCUAAAGAUUACCCAGAUAUCCCAUUGACAAAGUUGGGUCAAAAAGUAACGUGUACCCAACAAGAUGGGCUUAUCUGUCAUAACAAAGACCAAGGUUUUCCUUCUAAAUGUUAUGACUACGAAAUACGAGCAGAGUGUUGUAAAUAUACUUGUGAGUAUACCACAACAACCACAGAAAAAACUACAACAACUCCUCCUUCCACAGCAACAACCACGGGGAACACCACACACAUCAACAACCACAAGAACACCUCCCACAACAACAACAACAACACCUCCCACAACAACAACCACAGGAACACCACACACAACAACAACUACAGGAUCACUUCCCACAACAACAACCACAGGAACACUUCCAACAACAACCACAACACCACCUCCAACAACAACAACCACAGGAACACCACCUCCCACAACAACAACCACAGGGUCACCUCCCACAAAAACAACAACAGGAACACCACACACAACAACAACCACAACACCACCUCCCACAACAACAACAACAACACCUCACACAACAACAACAACACCUCCCACAACAACAACCACGGGAACACCACACACAACAACAACCACAAUAACACCUCCAACAACAACCACAUCACCACCUCCCACAACAACAACCACAGGAACACCACAUCCCACAACAACAAUAACAAGAAUUAUCCCAGUAGUGCUUCAGAUGGUGGAGAUAAUGAAUCCAUUACUAGCAUUACUGACCUGGAUCUGAGUGUAUGUAGAAAACCCCUGAAGAUAGACUGCAGAGCUAAAGAUUACCCAGAUAUCCCAUUGACAAAGUUGGGUCAAAAAGUAACGUGUACCCAACAAGAUGGGCUUAUCUGUCAUAACAAAGACCAAGGUUUUCCUUCUAAAUGUUAUGACUACGAAAUACGAGCAGAGUGUUGUAAAUAUACUUGUGAGAACACCACACACAACAACAACUACAGGAUCACUUCCCACAACAACAACCACAGGAACACUUCCAACAACAACCACAACACCACCUCCAACAACAACAACCACAGGAACACCACCUCCCACAACAACAACCACAGGGUCACCUCCCACAAAAACAACAACAGGAACACCACACACAACAACAACCACAACACCACCUCCCACAACAACAACAACAACACCUCACACAACAACAACAACACCUCCCACAACAACAACCACAGGAACACCACACACAACAACAACUACAGGAUCACUUCCCACAACAACAACCACAGGAACACUUCCAACAACAACCACAACACCACCUCCAACAACAACAACCACAGGAACACCACCUCCCACAACAAUAACCACAGGGUCACCUCCCACAAAAACAACAACAGGAACACCACACACAACAACAACCACAACACCACCUCCCACAACAACAACACCUCACACAACAACAACAACACCUCCCACAACAACCACCAUGGUGGAGAUAAUGAAUCCAUUACUAGCAUUACUGACCUGGAUCUGAGUGUAUGUAGAAAACCCCUGAAGAUAGACUGCAGAGCUAAAGAUUACCCAGAUAUCCCAUUGACAAAGUUGGGUCAAAAAGUAACGUGUACCCAACAAGAUGGGCUUAUCUGUCAUAACAAAGACCAAGGUUUUCCUUCUAAAUGUUAUGACUACGAAAUACGAGCAGAGUGUUGUAAAUAUACUUGUGAGUAUACCACAACAACCACAGAAAAAACUACAACAACUCCUCCUUCCACAGCAACAACCACGGGCACGGAAACAACAUCUACACCUAUCAACUGCUAUGAGUGUACGUGGUCACCCUGGAGUAACAAGAAUUAUCCCAGUAGUGCUUCAGAUGGUGGAGAUAAUGAAUCCAUUACUAGCAUUACUGACCUGGAUCUGAGUGUAUGUAGAAAACCCCUGAAGAUAGACUGCAGAGCUAAAGAUUACCCAGAUAUCCCAUUGACAAAGUUGGGUCAAAAAGUAACGUGUACCCAACAAGAUGGGCUUAUCUGUCAUAACAAAGACCAAGGUUUUCCUUCUAAAUGUUAUGACUACGAAAUACGAGCAGAGUGUUCAACAACCACAAGAACACCUCCAAAAACAACCACCACACCAUCUCCCACAACAACAACCACAGGAACACCACCUCCCACAACAACAACCACAACACCACCUCCCACAACAACAACCACAGGAACAACAACAACACCUCCCACAACAACCACCGUAAGCACGGAAACAACAUCUACACCUAUCAACUGCUAUGAGUGUACGUGGUCACCCUGGAGUAACAAGAAUUAUCCCAGUAGUGCUUCAGAUGGUGGAGAUAAUGAAUCCAUUACUAGCAUUACUGACCUGGAUCUGAGUGUAUGUAGAAAACCCCUGAAGAUAGACUGCAGAGCUAAAGAUUACCCAGAUAUCCCACUGACAAAGUUGGGUCAAAAAGUAACGUGUACCCAACAAGAUGGGCUUAUCUGUCAUAACAAAGACCAAGGUUUUCCUUCUAAAUGUUAUGACUACGAAAUACGAGCAGAGUGUUGUAAAUAUACUUGUGAGUAUACCACAACAACCACAGAAAAAACUACAACAACUCCUCCUUCCACAGCAACAACCACGGGGUCACCUCCCACAACAACAACCACAGGAACACCACCUCCCACAACAACCACAGGAACACCACCUCCCACAACAACAACCACAACACCACCUCCCACAACAACAACCACAGGAACACCACACACAGCAACAACCACAAGAACACCUCCCACAACAACAACAACAACACCUCCCACAACAACAACCACAGGAACACCACCUCCCACAACAACAACCACAGGAACACCACACACAACAACAACUACAGGAUCACUUCCCACAACAACAACCACAGGAACACUUCCAACAACAACCACAACACCACCUCCAACAACAACAACCACAGGGUCACCUCCCACAAAAACAACAACAGGAACACCACACACAACAACAACCACAACACCACCUCCCACAACAACAACAACACCUCCCACAACAACAACCACGGGAACACCACAAACAACCACAAGGUCACCUCCAACAACAACAACCACAGGAACACCACAAACAUCGACAACCACAGCAACAUAUCCCACAACAACCACAACACCAUCUCCCACAACAACAACCACAGGAACACCACCUCCCACAAGAACAACCACAACACCUCCCACAACAACAACAACAGGAACACCACCACCCACAACAACAACAACACCACCUCCCACAACAACAACCACAGGAACACCACAUACGACAACAACAACAACACCUCCCACAACAACAACCACUGGAACACCACCAGCCACAACAACAACAACACCACCUCCCACAACACCAACCACAGGAACACCACACACAGCAACAACCACAAGAACACCUCCCACAACAACAACAACAACACCUCCCACAACAACAACAACACCUCCCACAACAACAACCACGGGAACACCACACACAACAACAACCACAAUAACACCUCCAACAACAACCACAUCACCACCUCCCACAACAACAACCACAGGAACACCACAUCCCACAACAACAAGCACAACACCACCUCCCACAACAACAACCACAGGAACACCACACACAGCAACAACCACAAGAACACCUCCAACAACAACCACCACACCAUCUCCCACAACAACAACCACAGGAACACCACCUCCCACAACAACAACCACAACACCACCUCCCACAACAACAACCACAGGAACAACAACAACACCUCCCACAACAACCACCGUAAGCACGGAAACAACAUCUACACCUAUCAACUGCUAUGAGUGUACGUGGUCACCCUGGAGUAACAAGAAUUAUCCCAGUAGUGCUUCAGAUGGUGGAGAUAAUGAAUCCAUUACUAGCAUUACUGACCUGGAUCUGAGUGUAUGUAGAAAACCCCUGAAGAUAGACUGCAGAGCUAAAGAUUACCCAGAUAUCCCAUUGACAAAGUUGGGUCAAAAAGUAACGUGUACCCAACAAGAUGGGCUUAUCUGUCAUAACAAAGACCAAGGUUUUCCUUCUAAAUGUUAUGACUACGAAAUACGAGCAGAGUGUUGUAAAUAUACUUGUGAGUAUACCACAACAACCACAGAAAAAACUACAACAACUCCUCCUUCCACACCUUCUACAACAACAACCACAGGAACACCACACACAGCAACAACCACAAGAACACCUCCAACAACAACAACAACAACAACACCUCCCACAACAACAACAACAGGAACACCACCACCCACAACAACAACAACACCACCUCCCACAACAACAACCACAGGAACACCACAUACGACAACAACAACAACACCUCCCACAACAACAACCACUGGAACACCACCAGCCACAACAACAACAACACCACCUCCCACAACACCAACCACAGGAACACCACACACAACAACAACCACAACACCACCUCCCACAACAACAACCACAGGAACACCACACACAACAACAACCACAACAACACCUCCAACAACAACAACACCAUCUCCCACAACAACAACCACAGGAACACCACCUCCCACAAGAACAACCACAACACCACUUUCCACAACAACAACAACCACAGGAACACCACACACAGCAACAACCACAAGAACACCUCCAACAACACCUCCCACAACAACAACCACAGGAACACCACAUACAACAACAACACCUCCCACAACAACAACCACUGGAACACCACCACCCACAACAACAACAACACCUCCCACAACAACAACCACAGGAACACCACACACAACAACAACCACAACACCACCUCCCACAACAACAACCACAGGAACACCACACACAACAACAACCACAGGAACACCACCUCCCACAAAAACAACCACCACACCAUCUCCCACAACAACAACCACAGGAACAACAACAACGCCUCCCACAACAACCACUGUAAGCACAGAAACAACCUCUACACCUAUCAACUGCUAUGAGUGUAGCUUCAUGUACAAUGAGACUGAUGGAGCAGGCUGGUGUUACACUGCAUACUGCAAUUUAUCAUGUGGUACUGAAAAGGUUCUCAGCCCAUGCUACUCUACUACACCUACAACUUCCAUAUCGAGCUCUGGCACUACAACAAUGCACAUUACAAGUGGUUCAACGACAUUCACUCCAACCCAUUCACCAGACUGCUUCUUUCUUAAUCCACCUAGAAAGAAUGGUGAAACCUGGAGUUUAAACAACUGCACCACAGAAACAUGUAAAAACGGUGAACACAUCACAACACAUGUGCAAUGUAACGUAGCAAACAUUGUUUGUGAGAAUGGGCAAACACCAGUUAAAGUUUAUGACAAAACAGGCUGUUGUUUCCACUAUGAAUGCAAAUGUGUUUGCGGUGGAUGGGGAGAUCCUCAUUAUGUGACAUUUGAUGGACAAUAUUACAGCUUCCAAAAAAAUUGCACAUAUGUCCUGGUUAAAGAGAUCACACCUCGACACAAUUUUACAGUUUAUAUUGACAAUGAAAAUUGUGAUGCCUCUGGAACUGUCACCUGUCCUAAAUCCCUUAUUGUGUAUUACAAAAGCUAUACAGUUAUUCUCACACAGGAGAGAGGAGCAAAGACUGUGAACAAGGUGUACGUCAAUGGCAAUCUUGUCCCAACAUUUACAAAUAAAGACAUGACCAUCACAAAUCAAGGAAUUGAGAUGCGGUUAACAAUCCCAGAAAUUGAAGCAGUUGUGAUGUUCAAAGGGCUUUUAUUCAGCGUAGAUGUGCCAAUGACUCUUUUCUAUGGCAACACAGAAGGACAGUGUGGUACCUGUGACAAUAACACGAACAAUGACUGCAGACUGAAAAAUGGUCAGAUUUCUCCGUCAUGCUCUGACAUGGCAUAUGAUUGGCGUGUAUCUGUCAAGGAUAAGCCAUACUGCGAUCAUGUGCUUCCAACUCCUACACCUCCAUCAACAAAUUGUUCCAGUGUCAAUAGCUCACUUUGUGAAAUCUUAAACAGCAAGGUAUUUGAGAAAUGCCGCGCUGUAGUAGGAGUACAAGCAUUUUAUAAGGCCUGUAAGUUUGAUGUUUGCCACACGACUGUCCAUAUGGGAUGCAGCAGUAUUGAGGCAUACGCCUUGAUGUGUGCUGAGGCAUCCGUAUGUGUAGACUGGAGAAAUGCUACCAAAGGAGAGUGUGAAUAUAAAUGCCAAGACAAUAAAGUCUACAAGCCUUGUGGGCCAACUGUUGUUCAAACUUGCAAUGCAAGAUACAAUGAAGAGUUCUCUCAGCAAUGUAAUGCAGAAGGUCCCCAAAACAAGAACUGCAAUUCUUUUGGAGAGGGGUGCUUCUGCCCAGAGGGAAUGACUUUGUUCAGUACAACCUCUGAUGUCUGCGUCUCCUCCUGUUGCACUGGACCUGAUGGCAAACCUAAAGAGCUUGGUGAAACCUGGAAGAUUGGCUGUCAGGAAUGUGUUUGCGAUAAGAACACUUUUAGUGUGGUUUGUAAGAAUUUAACAUGCUCUACUCAAAACCCAGUAAAGUGCACCGAAGGUGAGGUGCUAGUGAACAAAACAGUGGACUGCUGUGUGACACCGAUUUGUGAAUGUAACACGAACACGUGUCCAUUGCAACCACAUUGUGACGUGGGAUUUGAAUUGAAGGUUAACACCCCAAAGGAUAAAUGCUGCCCUGUUUACAGCUGUGUGCCCAAAGAUGUUUGUGUCUUCAAUAAUACCGAGUACAAGCCUGGUGCUGUUUUCCCCAAAAGCCUAUGUGAACAAUGCAACUGCACUGAAACCAAGAAUUCCAAAAUGGAGCUGAACAGCUACAAGUGCAAUGAAAUACAGUGUUCACAAAAUUGUGACAAGGGCUAUGAGUAUACAGAUGUGCCUGGAUCAUGUUGUGGAACAUGUAUAAAGACAAGCUGUGUUGUGAAUGUCCCCGGCAUUUCUUCUCCAGUAAUUAUUGAGCCUUCUCAGACUUGGUCACCACCAAAUGAUCGGUGUACCAAGUAUGACUGCAAGAAAGUGAACGAUGAAUUUGUAGUUUCUGUACAAAACACAACAUGUCCUCCAUUUGAUCCCAACAACUGCAUUCCAGGAACUGAGCAAACAGAUGCAAAUGGUUGCUGCAAAACUUGUCCGCUUCCUUCCACCUGUAAAAUCCACACCAACACUACGUAUCUGUACAUAAAGAACUGCAAAUCAGUUGAGAAAGUAGAACUCACAUCAUGUGAGGGAUCCUGUGGAGCAUCCUUCUCAAUGUACUCGGCAGAGGCCAAUAGCAUGAUGCAUUCAUGCACCUGCUGUCAAGAAAUGAAGACCAGCGAGAAGGAAGUGCAGAUAAAGUGCUCCGAUAGCACCACAAAAAUGUACACAUACAUUUCUGUUGACCAGUGUGGCUGCAAAGCUGCUGAAUGCAAAGAGCAUGAUUGA